AUGAAGACUUCCACCAUCCUCCUGAGCACGGCCAUGGCCGCCCUGGCCCACGCUCAGUCCCAGUGCUUGUCAGUCGCGCAAGCAAUCCCAUCGUGUGGAACUUCGUGUCUGACGUCCGCCGGCUCUGCCGUCGGUUGCGCCUAUACCGACUUUGCCUGCCAGUGCAGCAGCUCGCAGUCUGCGGCCAUUCAGAGCCGGGCUGCGGCCUGCGUUAUCAGCGCCUGCGGUGGUCAAGCCCUGGCCGUGCAGUCCUCGGCCGAAGCAGUCUGCUCUUGUGUCUCGUCCGCUGCAACGGCGACCAGCGCCAGCGCGACGGCGACUUCACCUGCUUCGUCGACUGACACCUCGACGGCGUCGCCCGCGCCCACUCCGUCGUCGACACCGCAGUCAACCGGUACGUCGACGACCACCACCACUACCACCACCAGCACCGGCACGGGCACGUCGAGUACCUCGAGCACCUCGAGCACCUCUGGUGGAGGUUCGUCCGCUAGUGGAAGCUCUUCCAGCGGAGGCUCCUCCACCACUGGCGAGAGCACCACGACUGCAAAGUCUUCCACGCCCAGUGGACCUUCUUCGACUGCGACUGGGGGCUCCUCGCCCGGCAGCAACUCCACGGCGCCGGCAGGAUCUGGAUCUGGAUCAGGCCCGACUGGCUCGAGUGCGGUGCCUCCACCCCCAACCUCGAGCGGCCCUUCGGUUUUCGCUGGUGGCGCGGCCGCUCUGGGGACUUCAGGGAGUAUCAUCGGCGCCAUCUUGGCCAUGGUCGCAGCGCAGAUUGGUACAUAUUCAGAUGAAAUCAGACGGACAACUCAUGAAAACCCGCUGUUACGCGUGUCGACUGGUCAGACUCAAGACUCAUCCAGGCAGUGCGAUGGCGAGCGACCUGCUUGUGGUCGAUGCAUCAAGAACGAGAGAGAAUGUCCCGGAUACCCAGAUCCGGUGUUCAGGUCCAUGAAUGAGAUUUCGAGACGGCGCGCCCUGGGAGUGAAACGAGAUGACGGUGGUCCUCCACGAAGACGCCCUAUGACAGGGCCUAUUAUCUCGAGAAAUUGGGAGCAGGAAGGUCUGUGCUAUUUCUUCGCGAAUUUCGUCGUGCAGUCCCCCAAUCCGGCAUUGUCGGAAGGAUACCUCUGCUUUCUACCUGCGAUGCUCAGGGCCAGUUGCGUCCAUCGCCAACUGAGGGAGUCUGUCGCUGCGGUUUCGCUCUACGUGUAUGGACGACAUGCCCGCAUGCCGGAUUUGAUCUACCGAGCUGGCCAGGCUUAUGGAAAUGCGCUGCGUCUGACGGCAGAAAUCCUCCAGGAUGAGAUGGCCAUGAAGAGUGAUGAGGCCCUGGCUGCAAUUUUCCUUCUCUCGCUCUACGAAAUUAUGGCCUCAGAGGAGCCCUCCUCCCAUCUACCGCACAACGACGCUCAGGAGCGUCUUGUCGAUGCCGUGGGACCACUUUACUGCCGGAGCUCAGCUGGCCAAAGUCUCUGCCGGAUCGUCCGCACGAGACAGCAGAUGAGCCUCUUGACCCUGCAGCUGGCUCCUCGCACGUAUUCCGGUGCUGAGAUCGAGACGCUGUUCCCUUCUCGCGCUACCUCCCAUCUUUUCACUCUCCUUCUGAAUGUGAGCAACAUCAGCAGUGAGAUCCGCAACCUGAUCUGGGAAUCAUCCUCGACAGCAGGGGUAAAUCAUUAUCCUAUGGCCGAUGUCUUGGCAUCUGCCCUGCGUGUGGAUGACGACCUUCUUGCAUGGCAGCGCAUGGCAUCCUCGCACCCCGAGUACGGGAUUGCUAGCUCACGUCCCUACAGCUAUCGUGGAGCUCCUCCACAUGCCUACACCUUCCACAGCAUUCUGUAUGCCGUUUUCUGGCUCCGUCUGUGGAAUGGACGCCUGCAUCUGCUGCAAGCCAUGUCAGACGCUCUGAGUGCCUUUCCUUUGCUUACAUACAUGUAUCCUGGAGAAUCUGCAGGGUUGACUCACUCUCUAAGGACUGUCGUAGACGACCUUUCUGCCACGGUCCCCUAUCUCCUGGGCGAAUUCGCGAGUGAAGAGACGCGAGACAGACACGAUGGAGCACCGGCUGUCGAGGAUGUCCUUUGCGCCUGGACAUUGAAUGUAAUCGGCCAAGCCUCCUUGUCGGACCUGGACAGAAUUGACUGGGUUCUGGAGUGCUUGACGCGAGUGGGCGUCGAGCAUGGGGUGAGAAAGGGGCUUGUCUUGAAGGAGUCAUUGCAGGGGGGAGCUCGACGUGAUCGAUACUGUAAGAUUGAACGAGUCUGA